GGAAAAAGGGAAUUUUAAAGAUCUCUUACCUGAUAUAUAAGGACCUAAAUAAUAUAACAAUAUUUCACUGGACGACAAUGUAGUCCGUCCAAACCUUGAGGACUACAUGGAAAAUACCUACAAGAGCAAAGGCUUCGAAGUGAAACUUUUUCGAGACGGAAAAAAAAUUGAAGCAGAGAGGGAGAGAGCAGGGAACAUCAAUGGAGUCGACGAGGCUCCCAAGCUGCAGUAGUAGCUCAGUGAAGAAGCUUAAACGCAGAGAUAUUCUCGAAAAGAAGAAGGCAAUCGAUCAACUUAUCAAAGCUGCUUAUGCUCAAGACGAUCAUCUCGAUUCUUUCGCGCCAUUUCGACAUAUCCAAAGGAAUGGCGUGAAUGUGCAUUUGGAAUCUGGGCGUGGUGAUAGGCUUUCCUCUUAUGAGAAGCACUACAUUCAAAACCUGCUUAAGGUCAAUAUGGAGGGGCCAUUUGGCUCUGAAUGGCCUACAGAGGAGAAGGUGAAGCGUAGAGAAAUGGUUGCCCUUGAAGCACGUUACAUUUUUGUACGUGAAGGUGACCCUCCAAAUGCAAGUGCUGGUGAAGAUAAAGCCCCCAUUGUUGGAUUUGUACAUUAUCGGUUUACUUUGGAGGAAGAGGUCCCAGUUCUCUACGUGUAUGAACUACAACUUGAGUCUCAUCUUCAGAGGAAAGGACUAGGGAAAUUCUUGAUGCAGUUGAUUGAGCUAAUUGCUCGUAAGAACUGCAUGGGUGCUGUGGUGCUAACUGUUCAAAAAACAAACUUGUUAGCAAUGAAUUUCUAUUUAAGUAAGCUGAGAUAUAUCAUAUCAAGUAUAUCACCAUCAAGAGUUGAUCCAUUGACCAGAGUUGAAAAGAGUUAUGAAAUUCUCUGCAAAGUAUUCGAUCAGGAAUAUAAAUCUGUGUUGGAGGAAAGUGGAUGAGAAGAGCCAUGGUGUUUCAUCCUGAUUCUCGAAAACUUUUAAGUCAUCGGAAGCAAUGGAUGAUGAAGACACCAAACACAUCGAAAUCCUGUUGGGAAUGAUGCUGUUGUUGGAAAGUUGGAUGAGUUGUGUACUCGUGGAAUUGUUGUAUUCUGUGAACUUAUAUUUUGGUAGUGUAACGUGAAUAUGUUUUUGCUUGUUAUUUUAUUUAUUUUAUUUUCAUUCUGGAUUUUGAGACUUCAGAGUUUUUGAUUAUGACAUGGAGUUUUUGCAUA